AUGGUAAAAUUCGAAGAAUUUCAGAAAUUAACUCCAAAAGAAAAGAAGAAGGCGAUGGCCGAAUUACAUGAUUUGCCCCUUCAAUCACAUUCAAAAAAAAGUGAAUCCAAAACACAACUUUGGAAUUUAUUCAGUCCCAAAAUAUUUUAUUUGAUUUAAUAUAUGGACCAUUUCUUAAGAUUCAUUAAUCCCCAUGUCUUCUUGGGAUCUGUGCAGUUCUUGCAAUUACAAACCUCUAAAGAAACCGAGGCUCUCCUUGGCACCAGACUUUUCGAAAGGUUAAGAAAAUUAGGUGUACCUUCAGAAAAAAUUGAUUAAAUCAUCCAACAAGACAAUUUGAAUGGGAAACUGACCUCAGUUGCAGAAUUACUUAAACUCAGAUAAAGAGCACUUGUAGAUUACGUUCAAGAAAAUUUAUGGACCGUUGAAGAAGCCUAUCAAGCAUUAAUAAUAUUAUUUGAUUCAGGAGAAUACGAAAAGGCAACAGAAAUUGUUGAUAACCUAUACCCAUGCGUGGAAGCAACUGAGAAGUUAAAUCAUUUGAGAAAUGGAUUCUUGUGGGCUAGAUUAAAUUGCAAAUUAAUUGGACUCUUCAAGAACACCAAUAAUGCAGCAGUAUGUAUUGAAGCAAUCAAAGACUUAAUUAAAUAGGAGGAUCAAAUAAAAUAUAAUUUCAAACAAAGAGCAGAUCUCUUGCAUGCUGGAGUUUUGGUUUGUUUUAUAUCCGAUGACACUAAUGCCUUCUUAGAAAUCUUCUCAGGCGAACAAUUCUUGGAAGUAGUUCACACAAUUGCCCCUUAUUUAUUGUAUUAUUACACAGUUGCCUUGCUCAUCAAUUAACAAUUCAUUGGAAACACAAGUCUUGCAAUCAUUGGCAACAACGCCAACAAAUCAAUCAAACCAUUUCAUUUGCUCAAUUAUGUUGAAGAAAUCAUUGUUAAAUUUUAGUUCAACAAUGCAAUCAAAAUGAUUUCAGAUAUUUCUACAGAAAUUGAGUAGGACUUCAUUGUCAAAUCCAAAAAGGCUCUCAUUAUUAAUGCAUGCAAACUGUAUUUCUUUUCAACUUACAUCAAAAUCUUCAAUGGCAUAUAAAUUAAGCAAUUUUCAACAUAUUUAUAACUCAAUGAGGAAGAAACUGAAUCAUGGUUGGUUAAUGCCAUUAGAACAUUAAAUAUUAAUGCUAAAAUAGAUGGUGAUAAAAUAAUUGUUUAGAAACAAGACAUUAAUGCUCAAAACACACAAUUAUUAAGACAAUUAAGAGAUUUACAACCCAAAUCUAACAUGUUAAUAUCAAACCUUUAAAGAAUUAUUAAUAUUAAGUGAUAAUGUAUUUUAUAAAAAUCAAUAAAAUAAUAAAGUUUAAUACAUUAUAAAUAUUGUUAUCUAUAAAAA